AUGGGGAUUCUCGAUCCAUCUCCUCAUGACAAUACCAGAACGGCAGGCUUCGUGCGAGCUUUCAGACACAGAUGGAUUGCGCCACCACAGUCUACCACCGAAUCUUUUGAAGGUCGAAAUGUCAUCGUCACUGGCGCAUCGUCAGGCAUUGGGCGGGAAGCCGCCGCUAAAUUCGCCGCUCUCGGGGCUUCCAAGGUGAUAUUGGCUGCCCGAGAUGUGAAGAAGGGCGAGGCGGCCAAGGCCGACAUCUGUGCUCGCAUUGGGAAGCAGGACCUGCUGGACGUGUGGGAGCUGGACCUGAAUUCGUACGAGAGCAUCAUCGCCUUUACCAGCAAAGCCAACGAACUGGAUCAUCUGGACGUCGUCAUACUCAAUGCUGGUGUUCAUAGAGGCGAAUUCGAAACCACCCGAUAUGGCUGGGAGGAGGAUCUUCAGGUCAACUCGCUAUCAUCCACCUUACUCGCCGUUCUACUCUUGCCCAAGCUGAAAGCAUCGCGCCGCUCCUCAACGAAGAUCCCAGUCCUCGAGUUCGUCAAUUCUGGGGCCCACCAGUUCGCGGUCGUAAGUAAAGAGGCUCAACGGCAGGCCAGCAUCCUCGAGUCUUACAACAAGCCCGAGCAGUUUAACGCCUGGCGUCAGUAUGGUGCCACCAAGCUUUUCCAAAUGUAUGCGAUGACUCUACUGGCCGAUCAGGUGUCUUCUGGAGAUGCCAUCAUAACUUCAGUCUGUCCAGGACCGGUCACAACUGAUAUCGGCCGAGACUAUUCCUCCCGAUAUCCGACCAUCUCGGCUAUCUUGGUCUUCAUCCUAGGAUACCUUUUCUUUCACACAUCCACAAUCGGCGCCAAUUCGAUACUGAGCGGGACGACCCAAGGCGAGGCAUUGCAUGGCAGGUUCUGGAAGUACGAUAACGUCAUGCCUGUUGCACCGACUUUGAAGGGCGAGGAUAACAAGAAGUUGAGAUUACGAGUCUGGAAAGAGAUGUUGCAGGCUCUGGAGAAGGAUGGUGUCCGUUUGGAGGAUUCACUCAAAGCUAUACCGGCCGCAGAAGCAGGUCCAAGGAAGCCAUGA